AUCCCCGAAUCACCGAAUAACCCUCAUUGGUACAGACAGUCAAUUUGCAAGGCUGCUCAUCUGUUGCCCCCAUACCCUGGCUGCUUUUCUUUCCGCAAGGUUGGGCGAGGUUGCAUCAUCGGUUCUGCCACAAUCUGUUGCCAAAUAACUGAAAACUUGCAAGAGAGCCAUCCUAAUCUCCAAAUUCAAACCUGCAAUCUGUAUUCGCGAUCUCGGCUGCAAGACAUGUAAUCGGGCGCAAGGGGUUGAACUAGGGAUGUCAACGGGUCUCGCGAGGCCCGCGAGUCCCACCAUUUGCGGGGACGAGGAUCCCCCAACAGCUCCAGCAGCAGCAGCGAGGAUCCCCGUUCCCUGCAAGGAUCCCCAUUCCCCGCAGGGAUCCCCAUUCCUCCAUCCUAACAAUCCAGCAGCAGCUCCAAACCAGCAAUAUUUCCAGAACAACGGUAUGUUGUUCCAUUCCGGCAGCAACAGCUCCAGCAGCAGCAGCUCCGGCAGCAACUCUGGCUGUAGCUCCAAUAGCAACCUGGCAGCAGCUCCAGCAACAGCAACUGUAGCAGCAACUCCAGACCAGCAGCUACUUGGUCAAGAGGCUGGCUACCAGAUUGGAAGCAAUAUGGGGCAUGUGAUUUUUUAUUAUGAGAUUGGUUUUCUAGUGAAGGAAGCUGAAGAAAAGGUUUCUCAUCCCUAUGGCACAUGGUUACGUGCUGAGAAUGAUCAUUGGGGACUAGAAACUCUUGAAAAGUUAGUCUUGUCUAAUGGCAAGUUGCUAUCCUCGAAAGUUGGUGCUCCAAAUAAUGAGCAAAAAUCUAAUUCUCCGUUGGAAGAGGAGUCAUCUAUUGGAAAUCAACUUCUCCAUGAUACUUAGCAACACUAUAAGGAAUAACAGACUAUCAACAUAGAUUCUAGUGUUUUUAGUAAAAGAAUAGAAGUGGUUAAUGAUUUCUUGAGUCUAUAGCAAUCAAAUUCCAUUUUAGAA